AUGUUGUCGCCUUGUUGACGAUUGAUUAACCCCGGGAACAAGAUUCACAUUAUUAUUAUUAUCAUCAUUAGAAUAAUAAUUGUGUGGGCGUUGAUGGUGGUGAUGGUUGAGGCGUUCCUGAUUAUUUCAAUGUAUUCAUCUUAUCAUCAUUAUUAGCAUCAUCAAGCGAAAAAAGAGAAAAGAAUCAUUACAUUCUAUUACAAGCAUCAAAUUCCACACAUACAGAUUGAAAAGAAUCUAAAGAAUUUCUGAAUACCAAACAAAAAAAAAGAAAAAAAUCAUGUCAUCAUAUCGUACAGAUUCGGCCGCUUAUCAAACAGAUGCGGUAGUUAAUAAACAACCAAAACAACCAUCAUAUAAUUCAAUUAAUAAAUCAACGGCUGAUAUUAAUAAUAAAACAUCAAAUCGACAAAAAAAUCAAAAUGGCAAUAAUAAUAAUAUUAUUAUACGAAGGCAAUGGAAUUUUUGUUUUAAAUUUUUUGCCUUUUUAUUUUCACAUAUUGGCCUUGGUCUAUUAGUAUUUGCCUAUACAAUAAUUGGUGCAUUUUUAUUUCGUCAUUUUGAAGAACCAAGCAUUAUUGAACGAAAUCGUCUUAUUGAACGUAUACGCAAUGAAACUGUUGAUCGUUUAUGGAUUGAAACAUAUAAAUUAAAUGUUUUAUAUAAAGAAAAUUGGACAACAAUGGCAACAAAAGAAAUUGAACAAUUUCAACGUACAUUAAUCGAUUCAUUCAAAGAUGGUUAUUGGCCUUUGAUUUAUGAUCUAUCAUCUAGUUCAUCGAUAAAUAUUGAUAACAAUAAUAAUAUUGAUAGUGAUGAUUUACAACCAAAUGAACAUCAUCAUAAUUAUGAUGAUCAUCAACAACAACAGCAACAAGAAUUUAAUCCAAAUCAACAACAUCUUUAUACACGUUGGUCAUUUAUUGAUUCAUGGAUGUAUAGUAUAUCGAUUAUAACGACAAUCGGAUACGCUAAUCGUCCAUUAACAGUGGAAGGAAAAUUAACAACAAUAAUUUAUGCAUUAUUCGGUAUACCGAUAAUGUUAUUAUUUUUAUCUACAAUUGGUAGCCUACUUGGUCGUGGUCUUAAAUAUUUAUAUCAAUUUUGUUGUCAUUGUAAUCCAAAUGGUAUUGAUUCAUCAUCAUCACCAUAUUCAUUUCAAAAUUUACCAACAUCAACACCAACGACAACAACAGCAGCAGCAGCUGUAGCAACAACAACACCGACACCAACAGCAAACACACCGAAUAAUUUAAAUAGCCAAGAUCAUUUACAACAUCAUCAUCAUCAUGAUAAUUAUCAAAUACAUCAUAUUGCCAUGAAUAAUAUUGUUGGCAAUAAUGAUAAUAAUAGUGGCGGUGGUGGUCUUAUAUCAACAUUAGAUAUGAAUAAUAUUGGAAAUAAAACGAAAAAUUAUGCUCAAUUAAAUUCGUUAUAUCCACCAGUAUCAACCUGUAAUACUAUUGGUGGACAUUAUGAUAAUCGAGCAUGUUCUUGUGAUCUUUUAGAUCCAACAAAUGCUACCACUACGGUUAUUACCGAUCCAACGGCAAAACUAUCCGAUCCAACAAUAAUGGAUCAUCAUCAUCAUAUUUGUGAUACAAAAUUUCAAACUUAUCCAGGUACAACAACUUUAGAUCCACAACAUCAUUGUAGUAAUGUUGGUGCCAGUGUAUGUGAUGGUUCACCAUUCAAUACAGCUUUUCAUCAUCAAUCUAUUAAUAAAUUAGAUCUUGAUCUUAAUCAUCAACAUUUACAUCAUCAUCAUCAUCAUCAUUUGUAUCAUAAAUUACAUCAAUCAGAUUCAUCAAAUUUAGGUUUUGAUGAUUUUGGCGCAAAUAAUAGUCGUAUGGCAACUGAUAAUGUACCAUUCUAUUUCUGUUUUCUAUUGAUUACAUUGUAUAUAAUGGCCGGUAGUAUUAUGUUUCAUAUUUGGGAAGGGUUACCCAUUCUUGAUGGUGCCUAUUUUUGUUUUGUUACACUUAGCACAAUUGGUUUCGGCGACAUUUUACCCGAAAAAACAUUAUCAUCAUCAUCAUCGACAGCAAAUCAAAAUCAAACGGAAUCAAAAAAACGAAUCAUUAUUAUAGUCAUCUAUAUACUAGGCGGUAUGACAUUAGUAGCAAUGAGUUUCAAUUUAAUUUAUGAACAAUUGGCAUUCAAAUUCAAAAAGAUUGGUUAUAAAAUACAAUUACAACAGCAACGUCAUCAACAACAAAUAGACGAAAUAAUAAUGAAAGAAAAUUCAAUAAAAAUGAUGAAUCAUCAUGGAUCAUUACAACAACAGCUACCAUUACAAUCAUCACAUCAUCAUCAUCAACAACAUCAAUCCAAAUUUCAAACCAAUGAAGAUAUCGAUGUUUAAUGAUUUGUUGGAGCAUCCACAAUUCUCUUUCCUUUUUAAUUCAAAUGUGAUAGAUUCGAACAAAACAAAAAUAAACAAUGAACGUCCUAUAC